UCCCCACCCCCUACAAAACUCUCUCUACCUCUCUCCUCUCUCCCAACAACAAAACGAUAACAUACUCUCUUCACUCCUCUCCUCUCGUCCCUUGCCUCUCGCCUCCCAAUGGAUUGCUGGUCCUCUUCCUUGCAGGUCGAUGAAGAAUUCGAGAAGCUCGUCAUUCGCAUGAAUCCUCCCAGGGUUUCUGUUGAUAACACUUCCAGCUCCACCGCCACUUUAAUUAAGGUCGAUAGCGCAAAUAAGCGUGGGAGUUUGUUAGAGGUUGUUCAGGUUCUUACUGAUAUGAAUCUCAUCAUACGGCGGGCUUACAUUUCUUCGGACGGAGAAUGGUUCAUGGAUGUUUUUCAUGUGACGGAUCAGAAUGGGAAUAAACUUUUCGAAGAUGAUGUAGCUGAGCGCAUUCAGCAGUCACUUGGCCCAAGAGCACACAGUUUCCGGUCGUUCAGAAGGUCGGUUGGGGUGCAAGCUGCAGCAGAGCAUACAGCAAUUGAAUUGAGUGGACGAGACAGGCCAGGAUUACUUUCAGAGAUAUUUGCAGUUCUUGCAGACCUGAAAUGCAAUGUGGUAGCAGCAGAAGUGUGGACCCACAAUUCGAGAAUGGCGUCAGUUGUAUACAUCAGCGACGAGGAAACUGGUUCAUGCAUUGACAACGUUGAUCGCCUUGCCAAGAUCAAACAGCUUCUGCUGUGUGUGCUGAAAGGUGACAGAGACAAGCGGACUGCUAACACUGCUGUUUCUGUUGGUUCCACUCAUAAGGAGCGGAGGUUGCAUCAAAUGAUGUAUGCUGAUCGUGACUAUGACAUGAGUGAUACAGAUUAUGGAUCCGCUACAACCUCUAGUGAUGACAGGAGCAAACCCCUUGUAACAGUUGAUGAUUGUGCAGAUAAGAGAUACACUGUUGUGAAUUUAAGGUGUCCAGACCGACCAAAGUUACUUUUUGAUACGGUGUGUACUCUCACGGACAUGCAAUAUGUGGUUUACCAUGGAACUGUUAUUGCUGAAGGACCAGAGGCAUAUCAGGAAUAUUAUAUAAGGCAUAUGGAUGGUUGCCCUAUUAGCUCUGAAGCAGAAAGGCAACGAGUGAUACACUGCUUGGAAGCUGCAAUUAGGAGACGAAAUUCUGAGGGUAUACGACUAGAACUUUGUGGGGAAGACAGGUUUGGACUACUGUCAGAUGUGACUCGCAUAUUUAGAGAAAACGGACUUUCAGUGAGUCGGGCUGAAGUAACAACAAGGGGAAGCCAAGCCGCGAAUGUAUUUUAUGUGACUGAUGUGUCGGGAAAUGCUGUUAGGAGUGAAACAAUAGAGGCCGUUCGAAACGAGAUUGGGCAAACCAUACUGCGUGUCAAAGAAGAAGUUUGCUCAAGAUCUCCGUCGCAGGGGAGUGGCGGAUUAUUCUAUUUGGGUAAUCUUUUUCGAUCAGGCUCCGAGAAAUUUCUUUACAACUUGGGUCUCAUCAAGUCUUAUUCUUGAUCAGUACCAACCCAGUUUCAAAACAGAAUUCUAGGGAGGAACUUUAGGAUGAAAUAAUGAAUGAAGAGAGAAAUAAAGAGGAACUAGUGGGUCUAGCCUCAAUCUUUUAGGUCUCACAAAAGUAGAGUCUACCAUGUUUUUCUCUAUUUCUCUAUUAUUUACUUCAUCUAAUGUUCAGAGGAUUCAACCCCACCCAAUUCCUUAGCAUUUCAAGAUGUAAAUUUUAGAUUAGUUUCUGUUUGAUUUUUCGUUGUAGACUGUGAUGUGGAACAUAUCUCACAGCUAGGCUUUCUGUCGUUUGACCCCUCUAGUUCAUGUGUUGGCGCAUACAUUUUAAUUAGAUGUCAGAUUGUAAAGUUUGGUCAGUAGGUAUGUUUUUGUACACAUAGGAAUAUCCCUUGUUGUGUUUAGUGUUUUUGCUUCAAAUCAUUGUGCAUAAAUAUAAGGAAGCUAACUCUUCCAAGUUGUUCCAA